AAUCAGCUCUGCGACGUCAUACAAGCAUCGUGAGAGGUUUUGUAACUUUUAGUUUUACACUAGCUAGCAACAAUCAACAAGUAGUUGUCUAGCUAUAUCUAAUAUAGGCUAUUACAUUAUAUGAGAGGAAUAUACACGUGUCCGGUCGUAGCGUCGAAAGAGACACGACAGAUCGAACCAUCUCACAACUUCAGCGAAGAAUAAGCCGGAUAAGCCUUAACGAUAACGACCUGUAUUUAUUUCCCCAUCCAGAAAUACAGCACUGUGAUUGGACCGACCGGACGGUCCCUGAAACAUUUGCCUGUGGAGAGGUGAGAGGGCCGUCCCGCAGCAAGUCCCGCCCACCCGUUAGAGGAUGUUACCCAGCAUCCUCCUGUUCCUCUCGGUGGCCCUGGCCGCCGGCGAACGGGCGGGAAACGCCACGGCAACGGGCGCGCCCUUGCUGCUGGUCUCCUUCGACGGCUUCCGGGCGGACUACCUGAAGCGGUACCCCUUCCCCAACCUGCAGCGGUUCUUCUCCGAGGGCGUGCUGGUGGAGGAGCUGCUCAACGCCUUCGUCACCAAGACCUUCCCGAACCACUACAGCCUCGCGACGGGCCUCUACCCCGAGAGCCACGGCAUCGUCGCCGGCAGGAUGUACGACGCCGCCGCGCGGGAGCGCUCCUCCUUCCGCGACCCCUUCUGGUGGAACCAGGCCACGCCCAUCUGGGUGACGGCGCAGGAGGCGGGGCUCAAGACGGCGUCCGCCAUGUGGCCCGGCACGGACGUGGCCAUCCACAACCAGACCGCCACGCACUUCCUGCCCUACGACCCCGACGUCACCUUCCAGGAGCGCCUGGCCAACGUGACUGGCUGGCUGGCGCGGGACGAGGCCGUCCGGUUCGCCACGCUGUACUGGGAGGAGCCGGACCGCUCCGGGCACCGCUACGGCCCGGAUAACGCCACCGAGAUGGGGCGGGUCCUGGCGGAGGUGGACGAGCUGAUCGGUCAGCUGGUGGAGCGGCUGAACAGCUCGGGGCUGUGGGGGCGGGUCAACGUCAUCCUGACCAGCGACCACGGGAUGGCGCAGUGCUCCCGGGAGCGCCUCAUCCGAUUGGACGGCUGUCUGGACCCCGCCAAUUACACCGUGGUGGACCUCACCCCCGUGGGGGCCAUCAUCCCGAUUGGCGACCCUGCGCUGGUUUACCAGGCUCUGAGCGGAUGCCACCCCCACAUGAGGGUCUACCUGAAGGAGGAGAUGCCUGAUAGGCUGCAUUACCAGCACAACGCGAGGAUCCAGCCAAUCAUGCUGCUCGCUGAUGAAGGGUGGACGAUCGUGCAGCACGGGAACCUGCCCCGACUUGGCGACCACGGUUACGACAACUCCCUUCCCAGCAUGCACCCCUUCCUGGCGGCGCGGGGCCCGGCGUUCGGGCGGGGCCGGCGGGUUUCGGGGCUGAGCAACGUGGACCUGUACCCGCUCAUGUGCCAGCUCCUGGGGCUGGAGGGGAGGCCCAACAACGGCAGCCUGGCCCGGGCGCGGUGCCUGCUGGCCGGGGUGAGCUGCCCGGGCCUGGGCCAGAUGGUGGGCCUGGUGGUGGGGGUCCUCCUGGUGCUCAGCACCCUCACCUGCCUCUUCGUCCUCCUCAAGAACAAAAUGGCCGCCGUGGACCGGCCCUUUUCCCGCCUGGAACUGCAGCAGGACGACGACGACGACGACCCUCUGAUUGGCUGAAUGGAGGAGAUUGAGGAGGAGGAGCCAUAAGACUGGCUUCGGAUCCGUCCGCACGACGACGACCCUGUGAUUGGCUGAAUGGAGGAGAUUGAGGAGGAGGAGCCUUAAGACUGGCUUCGGAAUCCGUCCGCACCAGGAAUGGUAGCUAUAACGAUAACUAUAGAUAUGGCCUUUUAAAAAUCGAAACCUAACUGAAGAGUCCACACCUUAACUUCUGCAUAAUGACCGCGAUGGUGACAAAUUGCCUUCAGAGUGAUUUUUUUCUAGCUGCAUAUCAUUUACGCAGAUCAGAAAAUGUUGUACUUUCAUCACUUGCGUGGGUUUCAGUACCUACGUGAGAACAGAUUGUAACCUUGUGUUUCCGUGAGUGAGAAGCUUAAGCUUUUGUCGGAAAUGUCCUAAUUUAGCUCUUAAUUGAUUUAUAGUAAUUAGUAAAUUAGACGAACAACAAGAGGUUGGAAAGUAGUUCCUUCCUCUGAAAAAAGUCUACAGGAAAUAAAGACUCCAGCAUCAUAUUUACACUUUCAUAUUUACACUCCUUCAUAUUAGACCCAGUAAGACAUAGGAUGAAAAAUGUACUUGAAUUAAAUGAUUUUAUCACCAUGGCAACAAGCAGGACAGGGCGUCAUUUUACAAUAAGGGCACAUUAACUGGCAUUAACUAAUAUAGUUGAUAACAUUAAUUAAUUGGUGUACAAAUACAUUAAGCAUGAAAUAUGUAAUAUCAUUAAUGUAUUUAAUGUAUUAACUCGUGUAACAUGAGCAAACUAUAGGAUAAACUUUAAAUGUGUUAACCAUUAACACAUACAUCAGCAGUUUUUCCUUCCAAUUAUUAACUAAUGUUGCUGUUAACAUGAAUUAAUAAUGUACAAAUACAUAAACAAAGCUGUACAUUUUAAAUUCCCAGUAGUUGGUCAACAGCCAAUGCCAAUUCAUGUAACCUUAUUGUAGUUAAAAUAAAAUAACACGCCGUCUUCAUGCCACAGACAAACCAAACCGAACAGGACUAGCAUACACUGUUCUUGUACUAUGUUGCUACUUUUCCUGUAAGAAUGUUUGAUAGCUACACACAUCCUGUCCACACAUACUUCACUUUUUCCAAAAAUGGCACAAAUGACACUUUAUAGGGCCCCGCCCCUCUCUGUACGGCUUGGUACUGAGGCUUGAGGUCCAGGCCAGCGGUGGUAUUUAUUGUGUCCGGUUCCUGAACGCUUGUCGUGUUUGCGUGUCGAGUGGCUUCGUAGCUCAGUGCUGCGGAGGGACAACGAUCUCUCGUGGCGAUGCAGCGGUGGUAAAAGCGGCCUUUUGCAGUAAAGUGUAGCGGCGCUGUACGAAUGUAGCCCAGCCGCUUUGAAGCGACGCUGAGGCUGUACGAUCUUAAAAAGGGAGAGAAUGGGGCCACACGUGUGGCACAGUCCAGCUCUUAAGCAAUACGCAAGGUCCUGUGUGGCAGCGGGUUUGAGUCCCCCACCGUGGAACUUUCUUCACUGUCUGUUACCUUCUCUGCUGUACUGUAUGUAUAUUUUUUUUUAAAAAGAGCUGUUACUUAUUUGUUGAAAAGUGGAAAAAAGUUCAAGUUUCAUUUUCUGGAUUGAUGUGGGUUAAAUUAAAUAAUUUAAAGGUAUUUUUUGAUAUGUGAUCUUGGUCAAAGCUAUGCAAAGAACUGUUUCUAAGGGUUAGGGUUAUCGCAUUUGUAACUUUUUUAAUUGUAAGAAAAUGGCACCAAAGUUUUUUUGGCUUGUUGUGGUUUUGGUUGGUGUGCUCAGUUUUUUGUUUACUGUCUGAAAUAACUUUCUGUCUUUUUGAAUAAUCAAUCAAAACCUUUUACUUGACAUUUAUUUAUUUGCUUGAAGGUUGCAUUGCAGGUACAUUUCUUGCUCUAUUGUAGAAGGUAAAGCCUUCUCCCCAGGAAUAUUGGGUGUAUAAAAUCCACACAGUUGAAUUUGAUAAGGGAACUGGUAUCACAGACGCAUAUUAAGUCUAAGUCCUAAACAAAAUAAAAUUUUGCUUGAUUCUCCAUAACUCAGGACAAAGCUUAAGCUGUGUCUAUAAUACCGGCCCUAUAUUACACAAGUCCAGAGCCGGUUUCUCUAUGGUCCUGGUGAACACACAAAUACUGCUGUAUGGAUGCAUAGUGAACACAUCAAUAUUUCUGUAUGAGUGCAUAUUUGCAUGUCUGACAUUGUGAAGUAGUACCUUUUUUUUUUUACUGCUAUUUCAAAUAGAAUGAAAAGAUGAGAAAUGUGUUCAAUCUCUUGAGAUUCACUGGAGAAUUAAUUGUGCAGUGUGCCUGUAUAUUUCGCCUAAAUGGAAAUAAAAUCUUUGAAAUAAUUUCUUAA